GUGAACAGGGAACACCAUUAUAAGUACUGCCGCUCAAAGUUUAAACAGUCUCUUACUUGAAGGAAACGAGAGAGGUGGCAGUCGGGGACCCGAGAUGAUUUGGAAAAGGUUAUUUUUUAUUCUGUGCAACAUUCAAACCAUUUUAUGUCUGAAUGAAAUUAGAUGGUGCACUAUUUCUGACCUUGAGGACAAAAAAUGCAACGAUAUGAAAUUAGCUUUCACUCAAGCUCAGAUCCUCCCGCGGAUGUCAUGUGUCCGAGGCAGCUCCUCCACAGACUGCUCUCAAAAGGUUAUGAACAGCCAGGCGGAUGCAGUGACAUUGGGGGGAGAUUCUAUAUACCGAGCUGGCAGACAAUUCAAUUUGAAACCUGUUGUUGGUGAAGUGUAUGAUCAAGGUGUAGGGACCUUUUAUUAUGCUGUGGCUGUUGCCAGGAGGAACUCAAAUAUCACCCUAAAUAGUCUAAGAGGAGCCAGGUCUUGUCACACUGGAAUCCAGAGGACAGCCGGCUGGAACGUCCCUAUUGGCUAUCUUAUUGAUAGUGGGCGAAUGUCAGUUAUGGCGUGUGAUAUCCCUAAAGGGGUAAGCACCUUCUUCUCCAAAAGCUGUAUACCUGGGGCCAACAAGGCAACCUACCCAUCUCUCUGUGAGCUAUGCAAAGGAAAUGACAGUGGGCAAAAUGUGUGUGACCUGAGUAGUCAGGAGCGAUAUUAUGAUUAUAACGGGGCUUUCAGGUGCCUGGUGGAAGGAGCAGGUGAUGUGGCAUUCAUUAAACACAGCACAGUGUCUGAAAAUUCAGAUGGCAAAAAUUCUGAUGCCUGGGCAAAAGAAGUCUCAUCUGCAGAUUAUCAACUCCUGUGUCGUGAUGGCACACGGGCAGAAGUGAGCGAGUGGAGGUGGUGUAACCUAGCAAGGGUCCCUGCUCGUGCUGUUGUGGUCCGGAAUGAUGUGGAUGGUUCCAUAAUUUAUAACUUCUUACACGAAGGGCAGCAAAAAUUUAGUGUUGCUAGUUCCAAUUUCAAGAUGUUUGACUCUUCAACCUAUGGAGGCACCAACCUGCUUUUUAGGGAUUCCACUAUAGAACUGAGGUCAAUCUCAAAUCAGACUUACCAAGCCUGGCUCGGAGACACGUUUCUUCAGGCAAUGAACGGAAUUGACUGCGAUCCAGACAAGUUGCCCAAAAUGUUGCGUUGGUGCACCUUAUCUACUAUGGAGAUCUGGAAGUGCGCAGAUAUGGCCAGCGCUUUUAUGAACAAGACUUUGUACCCGUCAAUCCAGUGUGUUUCUGCUGACAGCCCUGAAGCCUGCAUGAAAAUGAUACAGCAAAAAGAAGCUGAUGCUGUAACAUUGGAUGGAGGGGAUAUUUACAAAGCUGGAAAGAAUUAUGGACUGGUGCCUGCUGCUGGAGAGAAUUAUUUGGAGAGUGUGUCUGACAGUUACUAUGCAGUAGCUGUGGUCCGCAAGAACCUAUAUGAUGCCUUUACCAUCAACGAAUUGAAGGGCAAGAAAUCAUGCCACACAGGAUAUGAACGGACAGCUGGGUGGAACAUACCUGUAGGAACUCUAAUUAAAAAAGGUUUUAUUAGACCCGAAGGAUGCAACACUGCUAAAGCUGUUAGCAGUUUUUUCUCCGCAAGCUGUGUGCCUGGCGCCAACCAAAAAAACUUUCCAUCACAACUGUGUGAGCUCUGCAAGGGCGAUGGAACUGGAAGAUCUAAAUGUGAGAAGAAUAACCAAGAACAAUACUUUGGAUAUUCUGGGGCAUUUAGGUGCCUGGCAGAAAAGACUGGAGAUGUGGCCUUUGUUAAACACUCGACUGUUUUUGAAAACACAAAUGGAAAAAACACACAGGAUUGGGCAAAGGAUUUAAAAUCCAGUGAAUUCCAGUUACUAUGUCCCAAUGGAGCCCUAGCAGAAGUAACUCAGUUUGCAGACUGUAACUGGGCACAAGUGCCACCGCAUGCAGUAAUGGUUCAUCCAGAUACCAACGUACACGCAGUGUUCGGCCUCCUAGAUAAUGCUCAGAUAUAUUAUGGGAGCGACACUAAUCCUGAUUUUAAAAUGUUCAACUCCUCUUUUUACUAUGCAAAUGACCUGAUUUUCAAGGACUCCACCAACAAAAUUGUUCCUGUACAGGAAAAGACCACAUAUGAAAAGUGGCUAGGAAAGAAUUAUAUUGAAUCGCUAGAAGGUUCACAGUGUUCUUCCAGCACAGUGCUUACUCCAUGGAGUGCCAUUUUAACAGUGAUUACCAAUCUCUUACUCAUUAGGUUGUCUGUAUAAACUGCGGAGGCAAUGGGAUGUGGCUGCAAACGGAAGUGCUAUGAAUGACACUUUAAUAGCUGAAGGAUGAAUGUACUCUUAGUCUAUACCCGUCUUACUGUCUUUAACUUUGUCCUCU